UUCAAUAAAUCGUCAACCAAAUUAUCAAUUAUCACAACAACAACAACAACAACAACACCGAUACAAUCAACAUCGAAUUAUGUGGCCAAUGUAUUGGUUCGUCGUGUAUUACAUGGACAACGAUCACAAUUACAGAAUCAACGUAUACAGAUAACAGGAUUUAAUCCAAAUACGGAUUCUAAAUUCUAUGGUGGUAACCAAUGGUGUUAUCCAAAUACACGACAAGGUGAUUCAUGGAUAUUCGUAUUACAACCAAUAAAUUAUCCGGAUUAUUUCCGUUUAAAUUCAUCAUUAAUCAAAGUAACAUUGUCAAAUAUUGAACGUUUAGAUUCAAUUAUUGCCGAUCAACCAUACGGUUUACGGAUCGAUUUUCCUGAAUUACCAUGUGAAAGAAAAUAUUGUCCAAACAAUGCCAAUUGUAUUAAUGAUCCAUAUGGAACGGAUGGUGCACGUUGUGAAUGUUUAACACAAUGUAAUCAUAAUAUCAAAUAUCAACCAAUUUGUGCAUCAGAUGAUGAAACAUAUAAUAAUGAAUGUGAAAUGCGUUUACGUUCAUGUCGUUCAAAUAAAAAUCUAUUCAUAAAAGCAAUGAAUUCCUGUUAUUAUUUUUAUCAAAAACGUCCAACAAAUACAAUUACAUCAUCAUUAUCAUCAUCAUCAUCAAAUCGAUCUAUAUUUCCACCGAAUGGACAAUCAAAUCGUUAUCGAACAGCCACUAUGACUACUACCACAACGACAUCAUCAUCAUCAUCAUCGUCAUCAUCAAAUACAAAUAUUAACAAUAAUCAACCAAUGGAAAUGUAUCGAUUUAAUCGUCCAGAAUAUCCAUUACCUGAUUUGAUUCAUAAUGAUAAAAAUCGUCAAUCAUCAUCAACAACCAAUCGUCAACAUAUAACAAUAAAUCGUUCAUAUUCAUAUUGAUGAUUGAUAAUUGAUCAAUGUAAUAUUUCUUGUUCAUUACAAGAAAAACAAUGAA